UUAUUUUCCUGAUAUUGAAAGGGCAGAAUGGCUGAACAAGACUGUCAAGCAUAUGUGGCCUUUCAUAUGUCAGUUCAUAGAGAAAUUGUUUAAGGAAACAAUUGAACCUGCAGUCAGAGGGGCAAACAACCACCUGAGCACUUUCAGUUUUACAAAGAUUGCUAUGGGAAAUCAGCCACUAAGAAUAGAUGGUGUUAAAGUGUACACCGAAAACGUGGACAAAAGGCAGAUAGUUUUGGAUCUUCAGAUCAGUUUUGUUGGUAAUUCUGAAAUAGACAUGGAGGUCAAGCGCUAUUUUUGCAGAGCUGGUAUUAAGAGCAUACAGAUCCAUGGUACAAUGCGAGUUAUACUGGAGCCCUUGAUUGGUGAUAUGCCAUUGAUUGGAGCGCUGUCUCUUUUCUUCCUUAGGAAACCAAUAUUUUUGUCUAUGGUUAGAAACAGCCAGCAAACUCUGAAGUAUUUUGGUCAGAAAGUGGAAAUUAUGGGUAAUGGAGGAGUCAGAGUCUCUGAUCCAAAGUUCUGGAAGAAGACACUGAAGUCGGAUCAGAUUCCAAAUCUUGAACCGGAAGAAAAUGAGACAACACAGAUCUGUCGUUAUGUUUUCACAACUCGACACAGAAACAAACAUGGCAAACUAAAAGAUCAGAAGGCCUUCAGGUCAAGCAGGUAG